AAUACGUAUAAAUGGGCGCCGUACGAGGAGUAUUGCUAGACGAAUCCCUCCUCUGCGCUGAAGACAACGACGGAAAUACUCAUUUCCUUCCUGGCGCUGAGGCUUUGCUCCGUAGACUUCAGUAUUCAAAGCUCCACACGGCAUGGUGUAUCCAGGUACUGUGUUAAAGUAUCUGACGUUUUCUGUGAGAUGGAGUUGGGCUAUUCCUAGAAGGCUUUUAUCAAAGGACUUCUAUCUUUCAUCUACGAGACAAUAGAGGAUUUCUAUCUCCAUAUCUGGGGGAAUUUCUUAUGGGGAGGGUGCUUCAUCUCAAAAGGUGGCCUUUCUUGCAAGGGUGGCAACGGCAUAUUCAUUUGAUAGCAUUGUGUUGAAUGCAUCCUGUAUAGAUGACACUUUUAACAGAAUGUUGGUAGCUUGGAGUGGCAUUGGGGAGACUUGUGUCUAUGUUACUUCUAAAAAAGAUGAAGGCCUCUUUCUUAGACUCAAGCAGUGUUGGAAAAUCAUUGUUAAAAGUGGUGAGGAUGUUGCAAGAGAAAAUACAGGAGUGCUUUUUAUCAAUAAGCUAGAAGAGCUUCCCAUCACUCUUUGCCGUUUCAGUAAAAUGGCAGUCCGUGACACAUCAGUCGUGACUGUUGGGUACGUAAUGAAACCUUCCCGUGAAGAAGAUUUUUCAAAGAGAGGUGCGUUCCCCAUGUAUCCUACUCAAAAUGGAUUGAUGUUUGUUCCUCUCACAUUCGAUCUUCCUUUAGCAUCUCAAAUACAAAAAGUGGAUGUGAUUCUCCAUAAAGCAACUGAUGAAAUUGUCAGCGUUGACCCGGGCAGUUUCCUAGAUUUUUCUAAAGGAAUUUCUUUCUCCAAGGGCAUGCAAGAGUUGGAAAGGUAUAUUGAGGAUCGUCCGGAUUGUUGUGUAAUUGACCCACUUAAUAGUAUAUACCCUUUACUGGAUCGGCUCAGGAUCCACCAUAUUCUACUUGGAUUGGAGGAUCUCAAUACAAAAAGUGGCUGUAGAAUCCGAGCACCGCAUUUCCUAAAGGUUGAUUAUUUCCAUGAGCAGAAUCUUGCAGAAAGACUAUUGGAAGCUCAACUGUACUUUCCAAAUAUUGUAAAGCCACAAGUUGCUUGUGGAGUGGCUGAUGCUCAUAGCAUGGCAAUAGUCUUCAGGACAGAAGAUUUCAAGGACCUGAGAGUUCCUCUUCCGGCAAUUGUUCAGGAAUACAUUGAUCACUCGUCCUUGCUGUUCAAAUUCUACGUCUUGGGUGAGAAAGUUUUCCAUGCUGUUAAGAAGUCUAUGCCCAACGCUGAUGUUUUGUUGUCGUCAUCAGAAAAGAAUGGAUUCCAACCAAUCAUCUUUGACAGCUUGAAAUCUCUCCCCACUGAUAAUAACAAGGGUCAGCAUUCUGGAAACACAAAUAAGCAAUCAAUUGAUGUGGAUUUAGUAACUGAUGCUGCUAAUUGGCUGAGAGGCAGGCUCGGUCUCACCAUUUUUGGAUUUGAUGUUGUUGUUCAAGAAGGUAGCCGAGACCAUGUUAUCGUCGAUGUAAAUUACCUUCCUUCGUUCAAGGAAAUCCCAGACAAUGUUGUCAUACCCGCCUUCUGGGAUGCUAUUAAGAGCUCAUAUGAGUUGAGGAAGGACAAAUAUGAGUGACUGCUAUAUUGUUAGUAAGGGAGCACCCGAAUUGCAAGAGAUGUAAUUUACACAGCUUUACUGUUUUUCUAACGAUGAAAUUGAAUAAGCUUUUUAUUUUGCAUUGGAUUAGAGACAGUAUCUGAUUGUGAUUCAAAAACAGUUAUUGAUUUGGGAACAUUGAAACUU